AUGCGCUUCUCUGUGCACAAGUCCACUGCCCGCAUCGGGCAAGUCGAGAUCCGAGGCGUGCAGAACGUCGUCGAGUUCGAAGCCAGAGAACCCCAGGCUAGCGGCAGAAGACGGCAUCAUGGACAGCAGCCAACUGAGGCAGUCUCGCCUGAGGCCAUCGAUGCCAUCCAGUCCAGGACAGCCAUCGUUGUCCCCUGCAAGGACGAGCCUGUCAGUCGCAUCAUCAGCGUCUGGGCUGGAAUCCCGGCAGGCAGCCUCAUAGUCUUGGUCUCGGCAUCUGCACAGCACAUGUACGCCCGUGAGAGGGACGCGCUGGCCAGGUUCUGUCGUGACACGGGGCGGGACGGCAUCAGCGUCCACCAGCGAGACCGCCAGCUCGCCAAGGCGCUGAGAGAGGUCGGGAUGACGGGGCUGCUGGGUGACGACGGCCUCGUCCACGAGGGCAAGGGCGAGGCACUGGUCAUUGGAAUCGCCCUCGCUGCCGCUGCCCAAGGCCCGGGGGCUGCCGACGGGGCAGACCCUUCUGCCCGCACCCGUACUCAUCAACAGUGCCACGGCCACAACAGGAACGGAGAGAGAAAUGGAAGGAUCAACAGCCAGGAGACAGAGGUGCGGUGUAGCCACGGCUGCCCGCGUGGCACCACGAGCGGGAACGGGCAGCAAUUCCGCGGCACCUGCGCGGCCAGAGACAGCGGCACUUGCCGCAACAAGCAAUCUCGUGGCUGUGCGGCCGGGGACGGCGGCGAUACCAGCUACUACAAGUACGUCGGCUUCAUAGACGCGGACAACUUUGUCACGGGAAGUGUCUCGGAGUACUGCAAGGCCUUUAGCGCCGGGUUCCACCUUGCCUCAGCGCCAGAUGCCAUGGUGCGCAUCAACUGGGGCAGCAAGCCCAAGGUGCACGACGGCGAGAUCGUCUUCAAGACCUCAGGCCGGAGCAGCGAGGUCGUGAACCGGCACUUCAACCAGUUCCUCGGCCAGCUCGAGAAGAGAGGGGGCUGCACCUUCAGCGGCGAGGCCUCCGAGCGCGUCGAAAACGAUCAAGGCGACAUGGAGCUGCACCACAUUUGCACGGGCAACGCGGGCGAGCACGCAAUGACCAUGUCGCUGGCGCUGAAGCUCAGGCUGGCCGGCGGCUACGCCAUUGAGCCAUUCCACUUUCUCGACCUCUUUGACCGGUUCUCCGGCGACCACAUGGUCAGGUCAGCUCCUGCCUCCCUCAUGUUGGAGCCGCACUCGACCAUCUCCACAGUUUCCUCGUCGCCUGUACCAACCCCAGUCGGCACUUCACCCUACUCAUCCCCAAUCUCGGAGCCAACCGCAGCUAAUUCUCCGUCCCCUGUCCCAUCCGAGCCAGCCCCGUCAGCUGUGGACCAGAAGCUGUUUGCCUACAGCUCGGGGACGCGUGUUACCACGCCCAAGGUACAGAUUCUUCAGAUCCGCACAAUGAACCCGCACUUCCAUGACACCAACAAGGGUGAAGCCCACAUAAUCCGCAUGUGGACGCAGGGUCUCUCAGCCAUGUACCACAGUCCAUUGACAGCGGACUUUGCCGACUUCAGACACGGCCUGUGGGAGACUAUCCUGGCAGGCGGCCUCAAGAUCAAUGGCAGCGCAAGCGCAAAGCCAAACAUCUCCUUUCCACCUACACCACCACUGACCCAGUACGACCGGGGCUCGGUGACCCCUCCCUCCUUCCAAGGCAUAGAGAGUUCCAGCAGAACAGGCCUCGAGCCCGCAAAGUGCAGGAUAUAUCAGCCCGCGGGAGAUUUUGACCUCAUCAAGCUCAGACAGAUCCUCCUGUACGACAGCGAGCUUUUCUGGUGUUCAAGUUCCGCAGACCCUGAGGAGGAAGCUCUGGAAGACGAUAUCCAGGUCGUGUGCCGCACAGAGGACGCCGCCAGUUCUAGCGGCGUCGACGUUGAUGAAUUCGCCCAAGAAAUGCCACCGCAAAGCGUAGGUAGGAGAGACUCGGGCGUGGACUUCGACAUGGGCGGCACCGACCACACCGAACUCAAUGAGCAGGCUGUUCCUGGCCUCGCCUUGCAUGAAGCGCCCACUAAGGAUCGUCAGCUGGACAUGAUGCAUAACGGCAUAGUCAUCAUGGACGGACUUCAAUGA